UUGUGAGUAGCGUUGUCGCUUGUGGGUUUGAAGUCAGCGGUGCUGAUCGUGAAGCAUUUUGUUAUUAUUGAUAUCAGACUUCAGAGAGAAUGCAGUCUCUGGCGGACGGCGUGAGUGCGGAAGCCUGCGCUGCGUCCAGCCCUCUGCUCCUGUUCUACGCCGCUGCCCUGAACUCUAUCUUUCAGGACCGUGAUGCACAGAAGCGGUGCGCCUGUGAAACAAACGCCCCAAACACCGAAUUUGACUACGUUGUGAUUGGUGGAGGGUCCGCUGGAAGCGUUCUUGCUGCGAGAUUGUCCGAAGAACCAUCAAUAAAGGUUCUUUUGCUGGAGAGAGGAGGCCACGAGGCACCUGAAGCCAGGGUUCCUGGAUUCACGACCAACAACAUAGGCAGUGCCAUGGCAGAGACAAUACAAGCCAUCCCAGAGCCGCAAAACUGCAACGGCACCGGAUGUCUGCUCAACGUGCCCUCCGUACUCGGCGGUGGGAGCACCAUCAACGGCAUGCUGUACGUCCGGGGCAGCGACGUGGACUUUGAUACGUGGGCGAAAAUUACAGGGGACGGACGCUGGAGCUACAACAACGUUCUUCCUUACUUCAAGAAGUCGGAAGACAACUUAGACGCUGCCAUCAACCGCAACAAAAGGCACCACGGUCGCGGUGGCCCUCAGAAAGUAUCCUGGGAGUCCUACCGACACCCUGCCAUGGCACCGCUCGCAGCAGCGAUGAAUCAGCUGAGGAUUCCUUUUCGAGGUGACAUCAACGCCCACGGACAGCUGGGCCACUCCAUUGCGCAGUCAACCCAGGCAAGUAGUCCUCUCCUCACAUAUGCAUAUUCCGAACAUUCGAAUCCUCAAAGAGACUCGACGGAUCCUAUGAACGUCGUCCGAUAUUUGGCUUUAAGCAUUUACACAGAACUUCCCAAGACUAAUUGGAAAGUAACGACUCAUUGCUUCUUUGUGAAGUUUUCAAAAGUCGGUAAUCGUUAAUCAAUCGGUUGUCAUUUUUAGGAUCUCUGAUUAC